UAUCUUCUCCACGUACGUAUCUACCGCCAUCCUGAUAUCAUCUCACAUUAAACUCACCCCCGGGAUCAGGAUGCCACCACGAAUAUAUCUUCGGCCGCACGCUCUGUGCGUGAGAACCUCUCGCUGCCCUUCCUCCGCCCCGAUUGUUGCGACUUACGCAUCUCUCGCAACAGCGACCACACCCGCGCCUCCAAUUGAGCAGACAGUCCGCUCAGUACCACCGGUUCUUCGAUAUCCCCCCACACAGCCACCAUCUCAUAAGCCGCCUGAGGUUCGCAAGACACAACUCCACCGCCAAUACCAAUCGCUUCUCAAAUCUUCACCCCUGAUCCUCCUGUUCCAACACAACAACAUCAAAGCUGUGGAAUUAAUGGCCAUGCGAAGAGAAUUGGCCAUUGCACUGAGGAAGGUAGAUGAAGAACGGUUGAGGAACGGUCAGGACGGACAAUACGCAGAUCAGAUCCGCCUCCAGAUCAUUCAGACAGGCAUCUUCGCCAGCUCUCUGAGGGUUGUGGAGUUUUUCAAGCCCGAGGAUUCAACUAUGGAUUACGCACAGCACCCUACUGACCCUUCGACAUCCACCAGCGCGCAAAUACCACAGACAACAAAUAGCGCGGAUGACGAGCGAUUCACUCAUGGUCUAAGUCGACGAGCGUGGGAGGCGGCUUCCAACCGCAAGCUCAAGACCGAACUGGAGCCUCUGCUUUCCGGGCCUUUGGCAGUUUUAGCGUUUCCUGCCGUCACUCCUCAGCACCUGAAAGCUGUGCUCUCGAUCCUCGCUCCUUCUAAAGAGUUCCCCGCCCCGAAGCGGAAAGCAAACCCCGAUUACUAUGAGCCGGCUGUGCAGACUGGCUUGCAGAAACUCAUGUUCCUUGGAGCGAGGGUGGAGGGCAAAGUGUUUGAUCAUGAUGGAACGAAAUGGGUUGGUGGUAUCGAAGGCGGGAUUGAUGGGUUGCGUGCACAGCUGGUGCAUGCACUGCAAGGUAUUGGAGGAAGUCUUGCGAGCACUUUGGAGGGCGCAGGAAAGAGCCUGUGGGUCACAAUGGAGAGCAGGAAGAUGGACAUGGAGGAGAAGGAAGGCGGCGGAAAGAAGGAGGUAUAG